AUGUUGAAAGUUGCAUUGAACAUAAAACAUGAUGAACAAUUAAAAGCAUUAUCAAAUGAACAAUAUGACAAAAUUAGUAAAGAAAUUCCAGAAAUUGAUACUGCAACUCUAUUAAAUAAUGGACGAUGUAUAGAUACUGCAAUUCAAGAACUGAAAAAUGAGAACCUUACAGGAAAUAGAAAUGUUGACACAUUGCAACAAAUGAGAAGAGGAAGAUAUCAACUAAUAGAAAAAGAAUCUGAAAUUGCGAGAUAUGAUAGAUAUGAAAGACAAAUAUCAAACUUUUACAAUAACAGACAAGUUGUUCCACUUUCAAAUGAUAAUAUUCUCUCAAACAAUAUUGAAAGACUUAAUCAAACUUUGAUGGAAAAUAAUAGAAUCAAAAAUGAUCUAAUGAAAGAAGAUAAUGAUAAACAAUCAUUCGAAGAUGGUGAGAAGUAUGAUCUGCUGAUUCAAACCUUGAAACAAGAAUUUCUAGAUUCACCAUAUACUGUGGAACAACUACAGGAGUUGAGAAAACAGUUGUUAUCAGAAAGAAGAAUAAAAUUGAAUCAAAAAAAGAUAGAUAAUGUAAAUGAUGCUUUCAACUCUCUGUUCGAUGAAAAAUCAAAAUAUAAAAAUAAAGUAUCAUGUUUAAUAAAAGAACUGUUGUUAGGUUACAUUGAAAAAUUUUCAUACGGAGAUUAUAUCGAAACAUUACUGGAUGGCGACUAUUUUGAUAAUGAAAUAAAUAAAUUAAAUGAUCAAAAUGAAAAAGACAUUCUUCAAAACCUUCGUAGAAGAACUGCUGAAAUCUAUAAAGAUAAAGAACAAAAUCAAUAUUUUAUUGAUAAAUCAAAUAAACAAUUUCAUUCAAUAUGUGAUAUCGAAGAU